CAGGAGUGAGGGGCACCAGCAGGGCUGGGGGGCAGGAGCUGUGGGUUGUCACCAGGAGCCUGGACACUGGCACAGUUGGCACCAGGCAGACCAGAUGGCUGCAGAGCUGCGUUUGAUGCCAGCCAUCAGCCUCCUGUCCCCUCCAGUAAUGGCAGUGAAGCCAGAUGUGGUGGGACCCGGGGCCUUGAGGGGACCCCCCUGCUCCUGGCCGGAGCAGCCACAGCCCCACGCUGGCUACGCAGCCCUGGAGGAGGCAGGACAGGGUGAAGUCUCAGGGCGCUGGGACCUGCUUCAUGUCCGCAGGGAGGAGUUCCCAGCCUGUCAGGAGCCAGAUUCCCCCAGCACGGAGGAGACCUGGGACUCAUCGGCUGAUGAAAGCCCCAUGGGUGGCUUCCCCAGGCAAGACCCUUCGCUACGGGCAGCUAUAGGGAUCCUGUGCACAGCUGAAGAGCAGCCUCCAGAGGAAGGACCUGUAAACCUGGAGUGGCUGAGACCAUCCCCAGGGAGAUCAGGGGUGAGGGGAUUCCUGACACCUGGGCCAGGCGAAGUGCAUGAAAAGCAGGGAGAGAACACAGCCAUGAGCAAGGCUGAGUUUGCGCUGAGUCCUGCCUGCUUCGUCCCAUCCCAGGCCAUUGGGGACCCUUGUUCCCCCUUCCUGACUCUGCUCCUUCCCCUGCCCUUCGUUUCCACCCCACGGCCGGACGCACCAGGGAUGGCUACAGCCACCCUAGAUCAGCUCCCAGAGGCCGUUGAGGACGUUUCUGUGUACUUCACACGGGAGGAGUGGGAGCUGCUGGAGGAUGAAGAUAAGGAGCUUUACCGGGACCAGAUGCUGAGGAACUACCAAGUCCUGGUUUCCCUGGGUAACAUGGUUCUUGUUUUUCUAAUCUGAAACGUCCCAUUCUUUCUCCCUCCUCCUUGACGGUCGUAUCCUCUCUCAUGCAUUUCAGGGCGUGUUUUCUAUCCAUUUUUGCUCCUUUGCUCUGGCCUGGUGUCUGCUUCAUGUUUUCAUACCCUCCUUUGCCCAUUUCAGAUACCUUUGCGGGGUCUUCCCCUUGAUCUCAUCCCUCUUGGCUCCAUAUCCAGCCAUUUUCUUUCCAGUGUGAUCCCCACUUUGCUGUCCUGGCAUGUUUGUACCAUCUUCAAUUCAUUCACUUGCCAACAACCAGCCCCAAUUCACUCAUUUGCCAACAACCACCAUCUUCACUCACCUUCCUAUUGUAUCGAACACAGAACCAUCCCAGCAUGCAGUGCACCUUCUGCUGCUCUCUGUGAGUGGAAACACAUGUCACCUGUCCUCACCCUCAUGUCCUCCAAAAAAAAGAAAACUUUAUAGAGGCACAAAAGCAAAGAUCUCCGUGUCCUUUGUUGCACCACAAAUGCCUAAAAUUCAUGGUGGCAAUAAUGCUGGUAAUAAAUUGUGCCACUUGAUUGCAGCAGUCGUGUUUGCUGGUUGCUGGUUGGUGGGAGAGUUUCUUGCGGUGCUCUGGAGGCCUGAAGGUCCCAAUCCUGCCAACCCCAUGGAUGUCCAGGCAGGAUUGGAUGAGAGGCUGACAGCCAGCCAGUCCUCUGACCUGCUCAUUGGGGAGUAGCCCACCUUCUCUCACCUCUUGCUGGGCACCACUUGAGCCAUGGCCAUGACGGCAGGUGGGGAAGGGCAUUCACAUAGCAACUGCAUCCCUUUGAGAGAGGAAACCGGUCCCCACCAUCACAGGUGACUGGUAUGGGAGGUAUGGGGAGGUGGGCAGGUGCCCACCCUGAGAUUGGCCCCCGACUUGGCACUGCUCAGCAUGGGGCAGUUUUUCUGCCAUACGGGCCGGUGGUGUGCUUGUGGGGGGACAGACACUAAGCCGCAGCACAGAAGUGGAUGUGGGGCUUUUGGCCCACCCCCGGGCCCACCCACAAAUUGUGCCCUCCCCCAGACUCAGGAGUCACCCCGCCAACCAUGGCUUUGGCAACUGGCUGGAGGGGCCUAUGCCAGAAAGAUACCUGAAGGUCCCUUUGCUCCUGCCAACCAAUGGCCCCCAAGACACCAACCAUCAUCACCUGCCUCCGAGAUGUGAUAUCAGCAGAGUUGUCAUCGGCAUUUAUGGCCCCAGGAGGUGGCGAAAAAGAUGUGUGACCCAGCCCUUAAGCAUCCUCUCAUAGAGAAAUACCUCUUCCUCCCAUCCUAGACCUUCUGCUACUCCUGGUGCAGCCGGGUCACUGUGGGAUAAGGGAGUGACCUGCACUCCCUGCCCCACAGCUGUGGUUGUGUCUCCUCAGUGAGGAAGAGGCCAUCAGACCAUCACAGCUAUCAUCUCCACUGCCUAAGCACCUCAAAUUGUCGGGGGGACAUUGGCACAGGUCUGAGGUGAUAAGGGGGCAAGGGGCUUGUGGAGGGUCUACAGGGAUUGGGGAGAGGCUUCCCUCUUUCAGGAUUUGCCUCUUCUUUGAGACCUUCCAGGCUGCUUUCCUGUUCUGGGCCUUCUGUCAGACUUCCCCUGCAAUCUCCAACCUCUGGGCAAUGUUUCUGCUGUGUCUUUCAGCUCUUGCCUUGGCUAAAGUCAUAGACUCGUAGAAAACGAGGGUGAGAAGGGACCUCAGGCGGUUGCAUCUAGUCCAACCCCCUGCUCCAAGCAGGACCAGCCCCAACUACAUCAUCCCAGCCAAGGCUUUGUCUAGCCAGGUCUUAAAAAUCUCCCAAGGAUGGAGAUGCCACCACCUUUCUGGGUAACCUGUUCCAGUGCUUCCCCACUUCAUCGUGAGAAAGUUUGUCUUCAUAUCCAACCUCAACUUCCCUUGCUGCAGCCUGAGCCCAUUGCUCCUUGUUCUGUCAUCAGAGAACAGUCCAGCUCCAUGCUUCUUGAGCCACCCUUCAGGGAGUUGAAGGCUGCUAUUCAAUCCCCCCUGAGUCUUUCCGUCUCCAGACUAAAUAAGUCCAGCUCCCUCAGCCUCUCCUCAUACAUCAUGAACCAUGUUCAUUGUCCUCCACAGGGACUCGCUCCAACUUGUCCACAUCCUUUCUGUAGUUGGGGGAGCCCAAAACUGGGCACAGGACUCCAGACCUGGGGGUCACAGUAGACAAUAAGCUGGAUACGAGCCAACAGUGUGCCCUUCCCAAGCGGCAUUAGUAGAAGCAUUGCCAACAGGCUGAGGGAAGUAAUUAUUCCUCUCUAUUCUUUACUGGUGGGGCCACAUCUGGAGGCGUCAGGACGCUCCUGGCCCAAGCCAGCGCUGGCAGGGAGUGACAUCCCCCUGAGCUGCUGCAUCAUGGGGCAUUUCCUUGGGGAGCUGAGCAGGACCUGGCUCCGGGAGCGCGAGGGAGACGCCGUGGCCGUGACCCUGCAGGACUUGGCUGAGUAUAGAGUUGACCCCGGCACAGCCAUCCCAGCGUGGGAUGGGAAGAGCUUCUGGCAGGAGACCAGACUCAUCCACCAGGCAUCCAGGGACCCGGCCUCAGCGUACACCACCCAAAUGGGAUACAUCUCUGAGGAGACCCCAGUUGAGAGAAGCAGUGGCACAUGAUGGGGGUGAACAAGCCUGGGGGCCGUGUCAGGCUACGGGCCCUCAUCACAGGAUGUGUGGAAAAACUCCAUACUCGUCUCUUCUUCGUCUCUUCCUUUGUGCGUUUUUUUUCUUGUUAUUGUCUCUCACCUGUCUGUCAGCCAACUGCUAAGCAACCAGCUCUGCCUAGUGACCUGGGCCAGGUGAGGGGGGGUGGGCCAAGCUCUCUAUUGUGUUAGCAUUGACCUCGUGGCAUAGGGGCAGGGGCUUGACCCCUGUCACUCCAGGCGCUGACCACUACUUAGGUGACACUGUUUGUUCUAAGAUUAUUCUUUGAUAUUUCUCUAAGCUGUACCCUUCCCCAAGCCUGUCCUCUGUAACCAAUAAAGCU